CCUUCUGUAGUAGCAUACUGGACAGUCACUGUUGUGGAGAUGAAAUACGAACUUGAGAAGGACUACGAGUGCUAGCGGCACCGAAAUAGUUAACGUUAGUUCGCUAGCUAGCUACAGUAGCUCUGACGAAUCAUUCGCGAAAGACAACGGUUGACAUGUUGUAAGGCGAACAGCCCACCCGCAUACACCAGGAUGACAGAACCGAGCAUUGAGAAGACCCAUCACCUGAAAACUUCAGAUACCCCAUCAGGUGGGAGAGAAAGAGUUGUGGAGCAUCCCCAAACCAAUGAGAGACGUGGACUGGAGACUGACGGUAGGGGGCGAUAUGGAGAUAAACAGCAGCAGUCAGAGAGCGAAGGCGGGGUUAUCCCUUCAGACAAGUUGUGGCAAAUGCAAGGCGGACAGAGGGAGGUGUGCCCUAGAUUCGUUGCCGGAAAUGCACUUCCUAAGUGCCCAGCAGCAACACAGCCUUGCCAGGAACCAGGAGCAGAUGCAGCCGGGGAAGGUGGCCUCGUAGCCCACGGAAAUAGUGGAGAUGGACCGCACGAGGAGACCCUGAGUCAAGUGCAAGGCGAGUGUGGGAAAAGAAGCGACUCUGGCUCUCUGGGCGCCGGGGCAGCUGUAGAUGCGCGCCAGGGCAAGAAGAAACACAGGCGUCGACCAUCCAAAAAGAAGCGUCAAUGGAAGCCCUAUUUUAAACUGUCUUGGGAAGAAAAGAAAAAGCUUGACGAGCGAGAGACAGAACGAGCGUCCCGAGUGAGAGCAGAAAUGUUCGCGAAGGGGUUGCCCGUUGCCCCCUACAAUACAACGCAGUUCCUUAUGGAUGAACACGACCGAGAGGAACCGGAUCUGAAUACCGAAAGUGGGCCCCGACGUCAGUUGGGGACUGGUGCUCGCCCAGAGGACACCGCAAGUGAGGAUGACCUAUUCGAUGUCGAGGAGGAGGAGGACUAUGGCAGUGGUGGUGGCAGCGACGGCAUCGGGAGGCCUGGAAACGCCGGUGGUGAGUUUCUUCAGAGAGACUUUUCUGAGACCUACGAGAAAUACCACAUCGAAAGUCUUCAAAACAUGUCCAAGCAAGAGCUGGUUCAAGAAUAUCUGGAGCUGGAAAAGUGUAUGUCCCGCCUGGAGGAAGAGAACACCCGGCUGCGACGCGCAGCCAACCCGGACAUCACAAAUGAUAGCCAGGUGCCCCAGUCGGAUUCGGCGCGGAUCAGAGAAUUGGAGGGUGAAUUGGAGAGACUGAGGGCGCAGAACAGUGAGCAGCGUCCGCAUAACCAGCAGAGCAAGGAGCGGGAGCAGAUAGUCACAUUAGGUGACUAGAAAUGGAUAGAACCAGGUAAAAUGUGGAGACUGAACUGGACUUUAAAAUAUUGUCAGCAGUUUUAUGAAAUCGGUUCAGUGACAGUCCGUAAAAUUGCUUUGCAAUACUUCAUCUUUUGUUUUCUAUUUGGACUGUAAAGGCGCCUGUUAACUUUUUCAAUAAGUAAUGUAAAUAUUUAAAAUUAUUAUUUUCUUUUUUAUAAAGAGAAUGUAUUUGGAAAUACGAUUUUGUUUCCCUGGUAUGCAUGCAUUAAAGUACUCUAUCCCACAA